AUUUUAAAUAUUUGGAAAAAAAAACUGUAGAGAGAGACAAUCCUAGAGAGAGAAGGGACGAGAAGAAGACGACGAAGACAGGAGAGAGAGGGUGGCAACCAUUUCGUCAGGAGAGAGAGAGAGAGGGGAAAGACGACGACAAUGGCGGAGGAGAUGAUGGAGAACAGGAAGAGCGAGGAGAGCGUGAAGCUGUUCGUUGGACAAGUUCCGAAGCACAUGACGGAGGCUCAGCUCCUGGCAUUGUUCCAGGAGUUCGCCAUCGUCGACGAGGUCAACAUCAUUAAGGACAAGACAACUCGUGCCUCCCGAGGUUGCUGUUUUCUCAUCUGUCCGUCGAGGGAGGAGGCGGACAAGGCGGUCAAUGCUUGCCAUAACAAAAAGACAUUGCCCGGGGCAUCUAGUCCUUUGCAAGUAAAGUACGCUGAUGGCGAGUUAGAAAGGCUAGAGCACAAGCUUUUUGUUGGUAUGCUUCCAAAGAAUGUAGCUGAAGCUGAAGUUCUAUCCAUAUUCUCCCAAUAUGGGAUCAUAAAGGAUCUACAAAUUCUAAGAGGUUCCCAACAAACUAGCAAGGGCUGUGCUUUUCUGAAGUACGAGACAAAAGAACAAGCUGUUGCCGCCAUGGAAGCCAUCAAUGGAAAACAUAAAAUGGAGGGUUCGAAUGUUCCUUUGGUUGUCAAAUGGGCAGAUACAGAAAAGGAAAGACAAGCACGGAGACUCCAGAAGGUUCAAUCCCAAGCCACUAGACUAGCUAAUACUGACCCACAAAACCCAUCUUUGUUUGGAGCAUUACCAAUGAGUUAUGUUCCCCCUUACAAUGGAUAUGGAUAUCAUGGUCCUGGAACUUAUGGGUACAUGCUACCACCUAUGCAGAAUCAUGCUGCCUUUCACAAUAUGAUUUCACCAAACCAAGGUAAUAACGCAUUGCGGGGAGUCUCGUCUGAAUCUGUCCCACCCCGUUUGGCCCGUAAAAACUUUCCAAUGCCUCCUGCAAAUUACAUGGGCUCUGGUUAUCCAGCUGUGCCAGGUCUUCGGUAUCCCAUUGCAUAUCCUCGAGGUAUGAUCAGUCCUCGUGCUCUCAACCCUUCACCCGGGUCAGUAUCACCUGCCGUUGCUAACAGUGGUUCCUCGACAUCUUCAGGCGCUGGUACAAGUUCUGGGGUUCAAGCUGAAGGUCCGGCUGGUGCAAAUCUAUUUAUCUACAAUAUACCCCGAGAAUAUGGAGAUCAAGAACUAGCUACCGCAUUUCAACCGUUUGGUAGGGUUCUGAGCGCAAAAGUUUUCGUUGACAAGGCCACUGGUGUAAGCAAAUGUUUCGGAUUUGUAAGUUAUGAUUCAGAAGCAGCCGCUCAGAAUGCCAUUAACAUGAUGAACGGCCGCCAAUUAGGUGGUAAGAAAUUGAAAGUUCAGCUUAAGAGAGACAACAACAGUGACCAGCAGCAACAACAACAACAAACAGAGUAAUCCCUUGUUAAACCCCUAAACCCUUGAACCAUCUUCCUCAUAGAAGUUAACGGGAAACCAAGCUAACGGUUCGAUCCCGAUUCAGAAGUAAGAUUUGGAUUUUAACUUUUAAAUGGGUGGAUCUCUGGGGUAAGUAAUUUGCAGCUGGUCACUGCCGGUUCUCUACCCAUUCAAGCAUAUCCAAAAUCUCCCUUCCUCGCAGGAAAGCUGUAACUUGAUGCUGCAGAUUGGAUCUUUUCUUUUCUUCUCUUAAUAUUUUUCAUUUUGUGCCAAUACACUGUAAUUUAUGUAUCAUUGGAAAUCCUUGUAGACAUUUUAUGAUUAUUCCCAUUAAAUUCAUUGAUUUUUCUCUCC